UUUCUUCUUCCUCUUCCUCGGAGACAAUAAAAAGAGUUUCCUUUUAGCCGUUUUCUUGCCCUUUUUCUAUGAGGUUCCUUUGUUGUCUUAGCCAUUUUUUUUGUUGCUUUUUUUUCUCUUUCUGGGUUUGUUUCACGCCCCUGCAUUCGUUUUCUUGAGAUGGGUCUUCAAAUUUUGGUGAUUUAUACUGAUUUUUUGGUGUUUGGGUUCUGUUUUUUCCGGGUAAAUUUUGAUGGUUCGGUUCCUGUUGUGCAACUUUUGAGGGAGAUGGAAGGAAUUUUGUCUGCUAGUGAAGUGAUUUUUCCUGGGAAAAUCUGUGGUUAAUGGCAAAUUGCACAUUGAACCGGUUUACUACCACAGUGGCCAAAUUUUGUUUUCCCGAGAAACUUUGGCCACUUGAUGGGAUGUGAAUUUUUGUCUGGCUGCGCUGACCACCUGUUUGGCUGCUGAGAAAAUAAGUGGGAAUUGGGUCUUUCUGGCCAGAGGAAAAGACGGAAUCUUCUUGUGCUGCAUCAUGCAUGAUAUGAAAGACCAAACUUUUCCGUGGGGGAAAGAAGGGAAUUUUCUCGGCAACCAAACAGGACCUUUUUAUGGUUAACAUAAUGGGAAUUCCCUUUUUAUCUUUUUACAAGCUGGAAAAGAAGAGUGACUUGGUUCAGGCAUUGAAUGUGUCUGAGUAUGAUCUUGGAGGAGAAGGUGACCUGUUCAAAGCCCCUGAACCGAUCAUCGAAGAACCGAUCUUAGCCAUAGAUCCGCUGUCCGAAGCCUUGACUAUGAUCUCUUGCGGUGAAGACGUUAUAACCUCACAAGGGCUUGAACUCGGCCAUCUCGGGCCAUUACAGAAUGAGCAACAGCUACUGGACAAUGCUUUCUACGAAUGCGAACAGGACCUUAUGAUGAAAUCAGCCAUAGAUUCUCCAUUCUCUGAGGUCUUGGACAUCAAGAACAUCUCUGUAGUGGCAAAAAUCGAUGGGAACCAGAACGGGGUUUUGGACAGUAAAGUGGUGAGUGGUGCACCGAUUCAGAAGAGCGUGAGCUCAGGUAAUCUGGGCUCUGUGGAGUUGGCUGUGAUGAUUCAGAACUUCCAUGAUUUUCCUCCUUUGGAAUUCGGAGCUGUUUAUGGGAUGAGAAGAGCCUUUAGUGAAGGCGAUAUACAGACACUCGGGACACGAAACACGGGGCGUGUCCAAUCUCCCCUGGAUCGGAUCAUCGGUAACUGCACCUCUGAAGAUCGUCGGGAGAAGCUUUCCCGAUACAGGAACAAGAAGAGCAGGAGGAAUUUCAGGCGCAAAAUCAAGUAUGCUUGUAGGAAGGCUCUUGCCGACAAUCAACCAAGGAUCAGAGGAAGGUUUGCGAAAACCGAGGAGAAGCAUUAGAACAUCAAGAGCCCAGAACACAACAGAGCAAGAACGAUAUAAAACAAAUGGAGGGCAAAAGCAGAGGAAGAACAAUGAACCGAAGCCUGACUUGUAGGGCGAAGUAAAGGAAGAAUUAAGAACCGUUUGGCUAGUUAGAAAAGUAGUUUAAUUGGUGUUAAUUACAUAGUUAGCUGUAAUAACCAGCUUAUGUCAGAAGCCGAUCUUCGUUUUGUAGUUUGUUCACUUCAGCAUAGAAUAGGAAGAAAGUUGUUGUCACAGAUGUAAUGGCGGCUUAGGACUUGCCUUUAUAUAUAUAUAUAUAACUAUCUAUGUAUAUGUGUGUAUGUAUGUAUAACUAUUUGUGUGUUAGAUCCUAUGAAGCUUGUUCACUUCACCCUCUGGGGAUGCACUUUUUUACUGCA